AGUGAAAACAUGUGAGACCUCCUCCCUACAUGGAUUUACCGUUAACCUUGGGAAUACGGAAUGGGUGAUCCCCCCAAAAAUCCCGUGAUUGUGCCCUCCUCCAUUGCCUCGGCUCAGAGUAUGUUUCCGAAUGUUGCAACUCCAGCUCCUGCUACUGGACCACUCCUGGGCUACUCCCGGGACAUUACUGUAACAACUCCUAUAAUUUAUAUUUCACUUUCCUUCACUCAUUCCCUUCACAUACCCUUCCAACAUCUCUACAACUUUUCCAUUCGUCUCAAGGGAAGCACUGGUUGCCCGUCCCGCCCGCGUCACCAUGUCCACUCUAAUCCGACCACCCGCCGUCGACCCAUCCCAAUCCGCCAUCGAGAACCUCCUCGAGCUGACCCAGCUCUCCGACAUAGACCCCGACCUCUUCACCAACCGGCGACCCCUAUGGCACCCUCCAGGCGCCCGCGGCAUCUACGGCGGCGCCGCAAUCGCGCAAUGCCUCAGCGCCGCCCAGCGCACCGUCGAUGAGGACUUCACCGUCCACUCCAUGCACUGCUACUUCGUCCUCGCCGGCAAUUCCGAGAUCCCCAUCAUAUACCACGUCGAGCGCGUCCGGUCGGGCAAGUCCUUUGCUACCAGGACCGUACAGGCGAGACAGCGCGGCAAGGUCAUCUUCACGACGACCAUGAGCUUCGUCCGCCAGAACAGCGGAGGCGAGCAGAAGGUCGAACACUCCGCCAAACUACCACAAGUACCAGGUCCGAUCGAGGGAUUGGACGACCUCGAUCACGGCGGAUCUUCCAGCGGGCCUUUCCAGAGCCAGCGCAUAGAGAUAACAAAUAACGACUCGCCGAAUGCAGAAGACAAGAAGUGCAGACAGUGGAUGAAGGCUCGAGGCCGCAUAUCGCCCGCCGGCGGCCACCAGGCGCAUCUAUCCGCGCUCGCAUACAUGUCGGACAGCUACUUCAUCGGUACGAUCGCGCGCGUGCACAAGCUGUGGCGGUACUCCAAGACGCGCAAGGACAAAUCCAAGUCCAGCAUCGACGAGGACGUCCUCAAGAAACUCCUCGCCAUGGACGACGAGGAGCUCAAGCGGGUCAGGUUCGUGGACAAGGCGGACCUCGAGCGUCUGAGGAGGAUCCGUAACGGAGAGGACGUGUCGGCGACGGAUAAGAGCCCCGAGAUCGGGAUGAUGGUUAGUCUGGAUCAUACUAUCUACUUCCACAACCCGAGGGCUUUCAGGGCGGACGAGUGGAUGUUCACGGAGAUGGAGACGCCUUGGACGGGAGAUGGCCGAGGGUUGGUGUUCCAGAAGAUCUUUUCGAGGGACGGCACGCUCAUUGCAAGUUGCGUGCAAGAGGGCCUCGUCCGCCUCAAACAACAAGGCGAAAGCAAAUUGUAGUAAUUGUCUGUUAUCACCAUCAUCAUCAUUGUCAUCAUGUUUUCUUGGGCCGGCUAUUGAUCAUUCAUACUAUCCAUAAACUUUUUAGAUCCUUCUCAUGUAGCAAUAUCUAUCAUAUCGCCACCAUCA